CGGAGCCUCCGCCGCCCGCCGGCUCCGCGGGACUAACCCCACCACCGCCUCCAAUCCUUCAAGGCAGCUUGGAGAUCCUCCCCUUCCCCAUUCCCUUUCCCCCUCCCCUUCCCCCUGUUCCCUCCUUCCCGAUCAUUCCCCGCCUCCUCGGCCGGCCAGAAGAGACCAGGACCGCGGGGAGAUGGAGAUCCCUGAGGCCACCAUGCAGCAGGAGCGCCUCCAGGCAAUCGCAGAGAAAAGGAAACGGCAGACGGAGAUUGAGAACAAACGGCGACAGCUGGAAGAUGACCGGAGGCAACUCCAGCAUCUAAAGUCCAAGGCCCUGCGGGAGCGAUGGCUACUAGAGGGUGCCCCGUCUUCUGCUUCCCAAGAGGAUGAGGCCAUGAAGAAGCAGAUGCAGGAAGAUGAGCAGAAGACUAAGCUCCUGGAAGAUACCAUCCUGAGACUGGAGAAAGAGCUGGACGUGCUGGAGAAUGGAGACUCUGCCACCUCCACCCAGGACAGCCUGGCUGAGGUGGUGGCCACAGUGACUGUCAGAGAAGAGGUGAAGGAAGAGAAGGUUGUCAACGUCCAGAAGACUCCUCUGGGCACACCCAAAGAAAAGAAGGUGACCAACAGUCCCAUGAAGGUGGUGGAUGGUUCCAGUCUAAUGAAAGCUGCCAUGUACUCCGUGGAGAUCACGGUGGAGAAGGACAAAAUCACUGGGGAGACCAAAGUGCUUUCCAGCACCACCCUCCUCCCCAAGGACCUCUCUCUGCAGGGGGUCAAGGUAUACGAGGAUGAGAUGAAAGUCGUGCACGCGGUGCGCACAGAGGACGGGGCCAUGGAAAACGGGAUUCAGCAACUCAGCUCCUCAGAGGUGGAUGAGCUGAUCCACAAGGCCGACGAGAUGACGCAGAGUGAAGCCUCGGAGCAGGAGCCCCCCGGCCGCGGUCCUGGCCAGACGGCCACCCCCCGCAAGGAGAUCGUGGGCGUGCGGGCGCAGCCAGGAGAGAACCCCGUGGUGACGGGGGUUGUGGCAGCAGCACCGGCGGCGGCAGGAGGGGAGGGGGUGGCUGAGCCCAGCCAAGAACAGCCAGUGACCAUGAUUUUUAUGGGCUACCAGAACGUGGAGGAUGAGGAUGAAACCAAGAAGGUGCUGGGCCUGCAGGACACCAUCAAAGCAGAGCUAGUGAUGAUUGGGGACCCCCCGGCGGUGGCCAAGCCCGAUCCCCCCCCACCCAACGGCAGGGCAGCGGAGUCCCCCACGCCGGCCCCGGCAGAAGAAGCCCAGGCUGCGGCCCAGCCAGCUGAGCCCACGGGGGCCGAGCAAGACCUGGACAUGAAGAAACAACGUUGCAAGUGCUGCACCGUGAUGUGAGCCCGGCCCCGCCCCCCCCACCCACCAUUCUCCACCUUCUGAUGUACAAUCCAGACCAACCCUCCCCCUGCUCCCACUCCCACAAACUGCAGAUACACAGUAUUUUAUUUACUUAUUAAAAGGAAAAUCCCUCCCCUCCCUUCUCUCCCUCCUCCACUCCCCCACUCCCCAUCCCCACGUUUUUCUUAGAGAUGGGAGAGUCCCAAUUUCCUAUUUGUAAUGUGUUCACGCUCCAUCACGAGCUUGGGAGGAGCCGCAGCUGGGGCUGCGGGCACCGCUAUACCACUAUCCACUCUCUGCCCCUUGCCGUGUAGCUCGGGGGGGAAGGGGAAAAUGGCUUGGGGGUGGGCCCAGGUUGCCAUUGACGAUCCAGCUCCAGGGCGCGGAGUGCACGGUCAGCUCACCAUCUCGGCAACCCAUCUCGCUGCUGGAAGCCAUUCACCUGAACCACUGCUGCUAGUUGGAUGUGGCCCAUGGAGCAACUUUAACUGGAGUUGGAGGGCAACCCUCUGCCCCUCCCCAGAACUGAUCUACCACCCGGAACGGAGUCCAGGACUGUCGCAAAGCGGGGAGGCGGGGGCAGCAGAAGGA